GUCAGCGCUUCGUGCGUUCGGCCAUGCAAAACGGCCAUCUUUGUCGCGUGCAACUGCGCCACUCGUAUAACCGCUGCAAAUAAAUUUUUGGUGUUUUUGUACUGUCUUUUUCUUUUUCUUUUUAUUUACUUGUAGCUUUAAAGGUGCGGUUUGCUCUCUAAGAAACCGUCCGUGGGAUUUGAUUUUGGUUAUCGUAAUGUACGACGUGGACGUUGUCGCUCAGCAACAAAAGCAGCAUUAGCAGCACCGAUGGAGCGCCUUUACGAGCAAGAAAACUCCUACGACGCCCGUGAGCAGCCGACGGACCCCGCCUCAUCAUCGUCAUCGCUCUCUUCGGCGGAGCGUGGAGGGCAGGGUCGACGCCGCCAGCAGCGCCACCCCGAACAACAACACCGUCACCGAUCGCAGCGGUAUGCGACGCAGAUGGAGCGUCAAGACUCGCACCCACACUAUUCGCGGCACCACGAAACUGUUGUGGCCGUGCUGCAGCCGCACCACCGUCGCCGUUCUUCCUCUUCUUCCCUCCCUUCCGUGAACGCCCAUUUGCAGCGCACGCGCCCGCGAGACGAGGACGACGACACCUUUCACUCCCUCGCUUCGGGGGUGCCGAGUCUGGAGGUGGCGGAACUGAUGCACGUGAACAACCCUUCCGAUGUGGGGCUGAUGGACGUAGCUCCGUCGGUGGCGGAGGACUUUCCUAUGCCAACGUGGGCGCAAGAGGGCCGGUUGAUGGAGCGACGCAUUCAACAAGCGGUGGAUCACGACCCAGUUGAACUGAAGGAACCUGACGGAUUGCCAGCUGAAGGAGGAGGAGCUUACGGAGCAGCAACGAGAGCGUCGUUGGGGUCCGCGGCAGCUGGCAAGACAGUCGAUGCAUCGAUGAUGUGUGGUGGAACUGGUGCGCGCCGACGGCCGUCCAGUAGGCCAUCGCUAUUACCGGAAUCGACUCUGCCGCUGUUCCCGCAAGACAACAGCGCGACGGCGGCUCCGUCCAGCGCGUCCCUUACAACGCCGCUCUCGGCCCCGCCCGGUCCGCGCAUGAAAGAAGCAGAGCUGCUCGCGGACCCGCGAAACCGUCUGCUGAGUUUGGUCCUCUCCAACACCGCCGCCGGUGUCACGCUGAGUGAAAUUGAGCAGGCGAUGCGGUGGAGUGCGCUGUACGAGCCUAUGUACGGCCCGCUGCUGGAGUACCUGCAGUCCUACCAGUCCAUCUUCGUUGUCUCGCCCGUCGACGAUCGCGUGCGGCUGCGGCGUCACUUUUCGAUUCGAACGUCGCUGCUGCAGCAACCACCGCCGCAGCAUCAACUGCAGCGCACGUCACGAACGCGGCUGAGCCGACGCGGUGGGCGAGACGCGGCGGCGCAGCGCUCCUCCUCCGCGGUGGACCGACGCCCCGGCAAGUCGUUCCUGCCCUCCGCCGAAGUGCUGGCCGCUCACAUUGGCAGUAUUAGUUACAGCUGCGUUGCCGAGCGUUUGGAUCUCGACACGCUCGAGACGGUGUACCGCAGACGCGGCUACGACACGGCCAUGAUGCACACCGUCCUCCACGUGACAAGCGAGAAGGUGUUUCAUCUGUUCCUUUUUUCCAGCGGAGCGGUGGUGUGGUGGGGCAUGGACCGCAAGGAGCACUGGAUGGUCGAGGAGGAUUUCUUAUCUGAGACGCUGCACAUCGCAGAGGGCGUGGAUCACCGCUACGGACAGGCGGAGAUCGACGCGUUGUUUCCCAUUUGGUGUUCCUACGAGGUGGAUGAGGAAUGCAACUGUAUGCAGGUGGCCUCUCCAUUGGGCAUCCAGCCGUCCGCGGUGAAGCCCGCACUCGAGCGGCUGUCCAAGUUGCUGUGCUUUGACCACUACCUCGUCCCAGCAAAUGAGCCGGCACGCAGCCUCGUCAUGCUGACCUUUUCCCACUCCCUCGGUAGCUCGGCCCGAGUGGACUACUUUGAGUACGUGACGAAGUGGUCGCAUCGCCACAUCCUCUCGAUCCCGCCCGAGUUUCCUGGACUGCUCGAUUACUUCUCCACGAAGCGACGGGUGCGGAAACUCGAGGGCGAGAUCGCGGUGGCACAACUGGCCGUUCAAUCUAUUCACGACACACCCGAAGUGCUGUGGGAAGUGCCGUGGCUGCAGGCGUAUUACGACAUGUCAGAGCAGCAAAAUACCGUAGAGUCGCGCCUGUCGUGGUUUGCGUCGCGCAGCGACACGCUGUUGGAGCAGCUGAGUCACAUCAAGGCGCGCCGCCAUCGUCUGUUCAUGCUCGGCUCGGACGUCUUUCUCAUUGUGCUUCUGAUUCUGGAUGUGAUGUUCAUGACCUCCCGCCUCGUUGCGAAAAUGUACUUUAAGGUGGAGGAGGAUGAUUAG